AUGAUUCAUUUCCUCCCUCAAACACCGUCCUUGCCUUCAAUUUUACUACUGAUUUCAAUCUCUGGACUAAUAGUCCCUUGUUGUAGCCAACGCUAUUUAAACUGCUCAGGAACCAACACGGCUCGCCCAAAUCUGAAUUCUGACAUCAACUUCCUACUGAAUUCCUUGACCUCUCGAGCUUCCUCUCACACUUUUUACACUGAGACCUAUAAUGGAAUCCAUGGCCUCUUUCUCUGCCGAGGGGAUCUUCCUAAUGAGGCCUGUCAUACCUGCAUCGAAGGAGCAAGUCAACAAAUCAAAGUCACCUGCUCAUCACAAACAAAUGGUACCAUAGGCUUUGAUGAAUGUAUGUUGAGAUACUCAGUUGUGAACUUCUUUGGGAUCCUGGAGACAGUUCCGAGAAUACUGUUAUAUAAUAGUCUGAACCAAUCUACUAUUGAAGACCGUGAUUUCAUUGAUCUUGCAUUGGUGUCUAAUUUAGUACAAGAUGCUACAAAUUCAAAUAUGAUGUUCAAGGAAGGUGAGGUAAAUGUGGGUGGUGUGGAUCAGAGAUUUGGACUGGCACAGUGUACAAGAGAUAUCAUCAAGCGUGAUUGUGAGGUCUGUUUGACAAAUUUGGUGACUUUUGCAAAGGGAUGUUGCUUAAGGCAAAGAGGGUGGCGAGUUUUAGCUCCCAAUUGUAAUUUAAGGGUUGAGGCCUUUCAGUUUUAUGGGAUACCAGGACCUCCAUCCUUGCCUCUUGAUGAAGAAGGAGGCAACAGAACAAGGAUCGUUGUCAUCAGCAUAUCAACAGUUGCAGCAGCGGCAGUUCUGCUAGGAAUGAUUUAUGCCUCAUUUUUAUGGAGAAACAAAAGGGGUAAGAAGACUAAACCCUUUGCAUAAACAAUGUACUUGUAGUAGGAUUUC